UUCGGAGAAAAUUAUUGCACGCAGGUGCCCACACGCCCAACGUACCUGCUAUAUGAUAAAUGUGUUGUGUCUGCAGUCUGUCAAUCGUUUCAUGCACGUACAUAUCGGACCGGACUCUUGUUAAAAUAUUUUGUCCGCCUAAUUCGUUCGUUCGUUUAAAAAAAAAAAAUUAAUAUUUUUACGCUCCAGUUUUUGAUCACUGUUGUCGAUCACGGCGAUUAUGCCGUCGACAAAUAUGUGCCGUUUUAACUUUUUAUUUGUACUAUGCAUUUUAAUUUUAACCGUGUUGACUUUAAGUUUUGCAAAUCCAGUAAAAGGUCAUUUUAAACAUUUUGAUUUCCUGAAAAUGAACAUAUUCAAACGCAUGAAUUCAGUAGGUACAAAUAUAAUUUCACCAUUGGCAAUCAACGAAAAUUACAAUGUGUCGACAACUAUGGAAGCUUCAACAAUAGAAAAUAAUAUGACCACUAUAGAGACCACUAUACUGUUGCCAUCCACUGAAAUUACUACAAUCACAAUGUCGACUGUGUCAUCACCUGAUAUUACAAUGCCACCAAACACAUCUUGGCCAGAAACUACACAAGCUCCAAGCACAUAUCCACCUUCGUCACCUGAUACUACAAUUGUUCCAAGUACAUCUCUGCCAGAAAUUACGGAAGCUCCGAGCACACAACCACCUUCGCCACCUGAUACUACAAUACCUCCAAGUACAUCUCUGCCAGAAAUUACGGAAGCUCCGAGCACACAACCACCUUCACCACCUGAUACUACAAUACCUCCAAGUACAUCUGUGACAGAAACUACUGAAGCUCCAAGCACACAUCCACCUUUGCCACCUGAUACUACAAUACCUCCAAGUACAUCUCUGCCAGAAAUUACGGAAGCUCCGAGCACACAACCACCUUCGCCACCUGAUACUACAAUACCUCCAAGUACAUCUGUGACAGAAACUACUGAAGCUCCAAGCACACAUCCACCUUCGCCACCUGAUACUACAAUACCUCCAAGUACAUCUCUGCCAGAAAUUACGGAAGCUCCGAGCACAAUUUCACCUUCACCACCUAAUACUACAAUACCUCCAAGUACAUCGGUGACAGAAACUACUGAAGCUUCGAUCACACGUUCACCUUCACCACCUAAUACUACAAUACCUCCAAGUACAUCUGUGACAGAAACUACUGAAGCUUCGAUCACACGUUCACCUUCACCACCUGAUACUACAAUACCUCCAAGUACAUCUGUGACAAAAACUACUGAAGCUUCGAGCACACAUCCACCUUCACCACCUGAUACUACAAUACCACCAAGUACAUCGGUGACAGAAACUACUGAAGCUUCUAUCACACAUUCACCUUCGUCACCUGAUACUACAAUAUCUCCAAGUACAUCUGUGACAGAAACUACUGAAGCUUCGAUCACACGUUCACCUUCACCACCUAAUACUACAAUACCUCCAAGUACAUCUGUGACAGAAACUACUGAAGCUUCAAUCACACGUUCACCUUUACCACCUAAUACUACAAUACCUCCAAGUACAUCUGUGACAGAAACUACUGAAGCUUCGAGCACACAUCCACCUUCACCACCUGAUACUACAAUACCUCCAAGUACAUCUGUGACAAAAACUACUGAAGCUUCGAUCACACUUUCACCUUCACGACCUGAUACUACAAUACCUCCAAGUACAUCUUUGCCAGAAAUUACGGAAGCUCCGAGCACAAUUUCACCUUCACCACCUAAUACUACAAUACCUCCAAGUACAUCGGUGACAGAAACUACUGAAGCUUCGAUCACACGUUCACCUUUACCACCUAAUACUACAAUACCUCCAAGUACAUCUGUGACAGAAACUACUGAAGCUUCGAGCACACAUCCACCUUCACCACCUGAUACUACAAUACCUCCAAGUACAUCUGUGACAGAAACUACAACAAUAAUUCCAAGUUCACCGUUAUUUUCCAUUCCAAGUUCACCUACGAAAAAACCAGAAAUAAUAUUAUGCCAUGAAUUUUUACAUAAUCAUUACCACUGUGAAACUUCAUAUGCUAUAUAUAUAGUAAAAUCAAUUAAAAACUAUCUACUAGGUCUAUAAUUAGUUAGAAAUAAGAAUGUAGUGAAUAGUGAUGUAUCUACUAUAAUAAAACCAUUUUAAAUUAAACAAAUAAUAUAUAAUAUUUUUUUAUGUAUAUUUUAUUGAGCUACCUAUUUAAUAAUGCAUGCAAUUAAUUUUUUUUUAAACAAUGAAUAAUAUAUAAUUAUAUUACAAUAUUACAUAAUAUUAUAUUUCAGUAUUUAUGGCUUUUAAUUAAAGGUCAUAGGUGGUCUGUAUAUCAUGAUUUCAUACUCAGUGACUGAUACUGUCUUCUUCUCCGUUAUAUUUGUCUGGAAUACAACUAAAUGAUACAAUCUUAAAAAUAUUAUUGUCAUCCAAUUAUGAUUAAAAUUAUAUUUAAUAACUAUAAUAAAUACAUAUUUUAUACUAUUAUUAGAAUUGUCUUUGAACAAUUUUUUUUCAUAUUUAUUUAAGCUUGUGUAAUUUACUAGUAUAUUAUAUUGUAAGUUUAUACAGUAUUAUACACCCUUAACUAUUAUAAAUAUCAAUGUUAAAUCUGUCAUUGCUAUUAGUUCUGGAGGCUUGUUGAUUUAUAUACAUUUUCCGCUCUUAAACAUUGAGACGGUUUAAUGGCGAUAAACAAUAUAAUAAAAACGUCUUCUUCGAACUUUUUCUCAUAUAUUAUAAUAAUGCAAAAUACGCAUAAUGAACGGGUCAUAUUUCCUGUCUGGAGUAGUCUAGUAGUUUGUGUGGAAGCGUAAAUAUAAACUAUCUUGCAAUUUUUGGCAUACAACUCCAACUGGAUAAACACAAUAGAUGUGUUAUUUUAAAUAAUAUAAUUAAUUUAAAGAAUUAAAAAAAAUAAUGGUAUUUUA